AUGAGGAUAUUUUUCAUAUUCUCGCUAUUCUUAGGAGCCAUCACAGCAGAGGCUAUAGAAUAUCCUCCCCAACUCGAUACCUCCCCGCAUCCGAACCUCGGCCUACUACCACGAGCUACCGCUGGAAAUGGCACCGCUAAGAGCUGGCAAUGGUCCGAUUUAUACAACCUAGGUAAGCGUCAACUAUACUGGGUCAACAAGGACCCUGACCCAGGAUUCGACCCAGUCGUCGCCCGCCAAAUGGCCGCCAGCUUCCGCGCGGAUCCCAAUACACUAUGCGGUGUAAAAGAAGACGGGAAAUGCCUCAUCGGAGCAUGCGAUCCCGCAACCGGUAUGGGACUUUAUUUGUGUAAUUAUCGCCCUCAGGGGUUUGAGACCAAUUGUACUGUCUUUGGACUUAUUGCGACAAAUAUGAUCGAUCGUUGGGAAGGGAAAGAUAAAGAUGGAAUAUUCGUCGCAGAUUUUACGGAGCCUUCGGUGCAGGCUUAUUCUUAUUGGUCGGAGGAUCCGACUUGGGUUGUUAUGUAUACGAUGCCCUGUUUGAGGACUCUUCCAAUGGGUCCUGCUUAA